GAUGGUCGGAGACUCAAAGGAGCCAUCCAAAGGAGCACAGAAACUGGGCUGGCUGUCGAAAUGCCCAGCCGGACUGUCCGCCAAGCCAGCCAUGAGUCCAUUGAGGACAGCAUGAAUAGCUAUGGAUCAGAGGGAAACUUGAAUUUCAGUGGAGUCCAUCUGGCAUCUGCUGGGCAGUUUAGUGACUUCCUGGGGAGCAUGGGCCCUGCACAAUUUGUUGGACGUCAGACCUUGGCCACCACUUCAAUGGGGGAUGUGGAAAUUGGCUUGCAAGAGCGAAAUGGGCAGCUAGAAGUGGAUAUCAUUCAGGCUCGAGGACUGACACCAAAACCCGGCUCCAAAACACUGCCAGCUGCUUACAUCAAAGCUUACCUGCUAGAGAAUGGCGUGUGCAUUGCGAAAAAGAAGACAAAAGUGGCUCGCAAAUCAUUAGACCCUUUGUACAAUCAGGUGUUACUGUUUGCUGAGAGCCCCCAGGGCAAAGUAUUACAGGUGAUAGUCUGGGGAAACUAUGGACGCAUGGAGCGCAAGCACUUCAUGGGAGUCGCCAGGGUCCUCCUGGAAGAACUGGAUUUGUCGACUUUAGCAAUCGGCUGGUACAAGCUCUUCCCAACCUCCUCAAUGGUAGAUCCCACUACAGGCCCACUCCUGCGUCAGUCCUCCCAGCUUUCCCUGGAGAGCACAGUGGGACCCUGCUGUGACAGGUCUUAGAGAGUAAGGAAGGGGGAACUGCUUUUGUUUUUUAAACAUGCUGUCAAGGUUUUGUUUGCUGGAACUCUGACCUCAAGCGCAAUGCAUGUUCAAUCAGUUCUUGUGGAGCUGGAAGAGGAGGAUAAACCAGUGACCUUAGACAGAAGACGAGGGGGAGGGCGCUGUGCCCUCUCCGUCCGAGGAGGAGGUGCCGUGGGGCAUGAGUCCUAGUUGUCAAAUUAGACAUACACCUCUUGUUUCACUUCUCUCGCUGUCAUUCUUGGACCCUUGUUUCAGAUCAGUAUUAACCCUGGAAAGUUGCAGCAUUUGAAAGAAUUUGGGGGGAGUAAGGAAGGUAUUUUUCUUAACUGUGAUUUCUAAUACGGAUUCUUUCACAAGAAAGUACCUGAAAAAUUCAGAAGCCAAUAUCUGACCUAAAAAGAGUAGAAGCAGAAAGUUUAAGAGGAAGCAUUAGGGUUUUUUUAUAAGGUCUUUUCUUCUUGAAAGGAAGAAAAAGAAAGAAACCUGCAACUCUUUCUUUAGAAUCAGUUCCCUAUCACUGAGUCAUGUUAACUGUAACACUGUCGUUGCUGUGUUUUCAAACUGUGCCAAAUUACCAGCAAGUGUCUUUACUGCAUUACUUGUCUAACACUGCUGAUGAAGCAUACUUGGUGGGAGAAUAAGUAGCACCUACUUAGACCAGACAGUUUGAACAGAGUUCAAGUUUAGCAGGCUAAUUAACUGCAAUUUUGCUCAGAAAAAAAAACCAGUAGAAGAGGGAGCUGAACAUCAGACUUGCAGCUUGAGAUAUGUUUUGUAUUGUCAGAUACAAUGUUCUGCAAUUUACUGACUCCCUUAAUUGUUGCUGUGCAUCCUUCAGUCAUGGUGUCUUCUAUCUCCUGCUUUUCU